ACAUAUAGGUGCAUAAUAAAAUGUAAACCUAACCUAGAUAAAGUAGACAUUGACAAUGGUAUGAGUAGAAUUUAAUAUAAUUUAGUGAAAAGAUACAUGGCAAAGUAAUUAAAAUGUCAGCCAAAAAUUCGGAAGACUUUUGGAACACUAGCUCUUCUUCGGGCUUCAAUUUUGAUGAAGAAGAAGAGCAAUCCCAACCAGACUACGUUUUUACGACAAUUCCUGAGGAAAACAGCUUCAUAUCGAUACAUUCUCUCAUAUCUAAAAACUCUUUAGAUCUGAUUUUAGGUGAUAUUAAAUCAACUAAUGAAUAUGUGGUCCCUCCAGUUGAAGAAGUAAUUAGAAAAAUGUUCAUUGGUCAAACGUACUCUUUAGAAGUUUACAAAAAGUAUAGUGACAAAAUAUUGUUACUAGAAUCAGCCUUAGAUUUAAUGGAUGGAAAUGUUAUAUUGAAUGUUAUUCUAUUUCUCAAAUCAACUCUAAAACAAAAUUUAUUUUUUCAACUUGUUAAAAAAAAAUUUGCCUUAAAACAUUAUGUUCAUCAUUUAAUUGUUAAUAAUGGUUAUCAAGAGUUAGCUGAUUUAUAUAUGGCAAUAGGACAAAGCUCUGAUUUUAAACAGUUGUAUUACUUAAUAGGACGAGAUAUUCAAAAUAAGGAUAUUUUAUUCAAGAGAUUACAAGCAUUUAUCACAGAGCAUAUGCAGAAAGUCUACAACUUGGAUGAUAGAAUAGAAUUAGAUGCGUACACACAAUUUUUAAGAUAUCAAAUUGAGGUGAAGGAAACUUGUAAUUCGGCAAUAGAACAACUGGCAAGUUUAUGUAAAAAAGAAUGGAGCAGGAGUAAAAAUGCUACAGAUAUUAUUAUGGAAUACAAGAUGAGGUUGAAUAUUGACAAUUUUGCUUUUGAAUGGACUGUAAUGAAUGUUUUAGCAUCAAUGAAAAUGUGGCCUCAAUUAUCAGAUUUUUUCAUAAAACCAAAUUGGUUGAAGAAAAAUUCUCUAAAAACAGUGAUCCCUUCCGAAACGUUUGUGUGGGGUUUAAGUCGGCACGAUCCACCUAAAGAUGUUCUGGAACAAUACUUACCUCACAUACCGGAUUCUGACAGAAGUCUGUAUUUGGCAGAAAAAUUCAAUUGCCACAAGUUUGUUAUUCAAUCUUACGUUAAUCAAAAAGAUAGACUAGCUCUUAUCAGUUAUAAGUCAAAAGUAUCUCCACAAAAUGCUGAAUAUUUUUUGAUUGAAAAUGCUUUGCAAGCUGUGGAUAAAAAAUGGAAAAAUUAAAUGUGAUACAGGUGCAACCAGCCUUUGGUGUAGUUUUGUAUAUUUAAGAUGUAUAUUAUUAUAUCAUUACAUAUAUUAUAUUUUUGUAUGGUAAAAUAAAUUCUUCACAAAAAAAUGAA